GCCCCGACCCCGGGCCCUGGGACAGGCCAACGGCAACGCUCACCACAACGCAUCCUCCUCCUCGGACCCCGCCACAGGAUGCUUCUUCACCAAAGUUUCUGAGGAUGACCAAAGCUAUCUUUUUAUGGUUUUAGAGAAUCUAGAGAAGAAUAGCAUCUGACAUGACGGCAAAAAAUGUUGGAAUAACAUCUACCAAUGGAGAAUCGAAAGGGUUUAUAGACCAGAACGUGAGUCCAACGAAAGGUAACAUUUCACUGAUUGCACUUCCAGUUUCCAGCACCAAUUCACCAGCCAAGAUUUUACCCAAAACCUUGGGACCCAUAAAUGUGAAUGUUGGACCCCAAAUGAUCAUAAGCACACCACAGAGACUAACCGGUUCAGGGAGUGUUCUGAUUGGGAGUCCAUAUACCCCAGCGCCCGCGAUGGUCACUCAGACGCACAUAACAGAAGCCACCAGCUGGGUUCCAGGGGACAGAAAACGGCCUCGGGAGUUUAUAGACUCGGACUUUUCCGAAAGUAAAAGAAGCAAAAAAGGUGAUAAAAACGGAAAAGGGUUGAGGCACUUUUCAAUGAAAGUGUGUGAAAAAGUCCAGCGCAAAGGAACGACUUCGUAUAACGAAGUGGCUGACGAGCUGGUAGCAGAAUUUACAAAUUCAAACAACCACCUGGCAGCAGAUUCGCAGGCUUAUGACCAGAAGAACAUUAGGCGCAGGGUUUACGAUGCCCUCAAUGUGCUGAUGGCCAUGAAUAUCAUUUCCAAGGAGAAAAAGGAAAUCAAGUGGAUUGGCCUUCCUACCAAUUCAGCUCAAGAAUGUCAGAACCUCGAGAUCGAGAAGCAGAGGCGAAUAGAGCGGAUCAAGCAGAAGAGGGCUCAGCUGCAAGAGCUGCUGCUCCAGCAAAUAGCUUUCAAAAACCUGGUGCAGAGAAAUCGGCAAAACGAGCAGCAAAAUCAAGGCCCUCCGGCUUCCAAUUCCACCAUACAGCUGCCUUUCAUAAUAGUCAACACGAGUAAAAGGACUGUUAUCGACUGCAGCAUCUCUAGCGAUAAGUUCGAGUACCUUUUCAAUUUUGACAACACGUUCGAGAUCCACGACGACAUCGAGGUGUUGAAGCGAAUGGGCAUGUCCUUCGGGCUGGAGGCCGGCCAGUGCUCCGCAGAGAACCUGAGAGUGGCUAAGUCCCUGGUGCCGAAGGCUCUAGAAGGCUACGUCACAGAUAUGUCUACGGGUCCCUCUUGGCUGACUCAGGGGCUGCUUCCAGACUCCACCCAAGCCAUCCCAAAUUCAGCAGGCACCAGUGGUGUUAAUCUGUCUCACAUGAGUGGCGCGCACCAGGGGUUGUGUUUGGAGACGGACGUCAUUUUAGCAACGGGGCCUUACCUGGCCCCCAGCAGCGCCGCCUCCCAUCAUUCAGAGUCCCGCGGGGAGACCCCUUGCUCUUUCAACGACGAGGACGACGACGAGGAAGAUGAGGACUCCUCGGCCCCGGAAUAAAGACAGUAGAAAACCCGAAGGUUUGCAAAUGCUGCUCGUGUGUGUUUUUAGUGUGAGCUCUUGUCCUUGAUGUGACUGCUUCGAACCUUGCCUUUGUUUGCACUGUGUGGUCGGCGGCAGUGAGGGCGGCCCAACUGAACUGCACCCGUGCAAUGGCGAAGCUGAACCAGGCGCGGCAACAGCGGCAGCACGGGUGGGUGCCCAGCGCAAACAAAGCAGCCGCCACUCCUCCCAGGAGAUGGAUGAAGCCCCUGAAGACUCGGCAGAGAAGAUAGGGUCUGUUUCUCUCCGGAACCAGGGGACUCCGGUGGCCUCGCCAUCAGAUCCUGCUCCCAGCCGAGGCGGCGCCAAGGAACCUUGACUAAAGUGUUUCUCCCA